GCACCGCGCCGCCAGCGGCCGGUUGCUAAGCAGUGACAUUGUUUCUGGGGCGAUCGCGGAGGCUGUGGCUAACCGGAGAAGCCCCGCUAAGCCUGGGCAUCUUCCCUCUCCGGACCCGUUCCCGGUUCCCGGCUUUGAAAGGGGAAGCGAGGCUGGCCUGCCCGCCCUUCCUCCCCCACCCGCGCCAGAACAGCCCUGUGCUUUCGGGGCAUGGACUGAGCACCAGUCCCCUCGCCAGCUGCACCCGGGGCUCCACACUCCUAGUCGGACCGCACCUGCCGAGCCGGUGAGCGCCCGGACGCGCGGUCAUGACCACGGCCAAGGAGCCCGCGAAAUCCGUGCAGCAGCAGGAGCAGGAGCUGGUGGGGAGCAACCCGCCACAGAGGAACUGGAAAGGGAUCGCCAUCGCGCUGCUCGUGAUCCUGGUCAUCUGCUCCCUGAUCGUCACCUCCGUCAUCCUGCUGACGCCAGUGGAAGACAACAGUCUCUCCCAGAAGAAGAAGGUCACGGUGGAGGAUCUCUUCAGUGCCGAGUUCAAAGUUCACGACCCCGAGGCCAAGUGGAUCAGCGAUAACGAAUUCAUCUACAAAGAGCAGAAAGGAGAUGUGAUCCUGCGGAAUGUUGAAACUAAUCUGUCUACAGUGUUAAUAGAAGGAAAAAAAAUUGAGUCAUUGCGAGCCGUCAGAUACGAGGUGUCUCCCGAUAAGGAAUAUGCACUUUUCUCCUACAACCUGGAGCCCAUUCACCAGCACUCCUACACCGGGUACUACGUCCUGAGCAAAAUCCCGCACUGGGACCCUCAGCGUCUGGACCCCCCGGAGGUGAGCGACGCGAAGCUGCAGUACGCAGGCUGGGGCCCCAAAGGCCAGCAGCUGAUAUUCAUCUUUGAGAACAACAUCUACUACUGCGCUCACGUGGGGAAGCAGGCCAUCCGCGUGGUCUCCACGGGGAAGGAGGACGUCAUCUACAACGGCCUCAGCGACUGGCUGUACGAAGAGGAGAUCUUGAAGACCCACAUCGCCCACUGGUGGUCUCCGGACGGCACGAGGCUCGCCUAUGCCACCAUCAAUGACUCCCGCGUGCCCGUCAUGGAGCUCCCAGCCUACACGGGUGCCGUGUACCCCACGGGCAAGCUCUACCACUACCCCAAGGCCGGCUGUGAGAACCCCACCAUUUCGCUGCACGUCAUCGGCUUGAACGGGCCCACCCACGACCUGGAGAUGACGCCCCCUGACGACCCACGGAUGAGGGAAUACUACAUCACCAUGGUGAAGUGGGCCACCAACACCAAGGUCGCCGUGAACUGGCUGAGCCGGGCGCAGAACGUGUCCAUCCUCACCCUCUGCGACGCCACCACGGGCGUCUGCACCAAGAAACACGAGGAUGAAAGUGAAGCCUGGCUCCACAGACAGAAUGAGGAGCCGCUGUUCUCCAGGGACGGACGGAAGUUCUUCUUCGUCAGAGCCAUCCCGCAGGGCGGGCAGGGCAAGUUCUACCACAUCACCGUGUCCUCCUCCCAGCCCAACAGCAGCAGCGACAACAUCCACUCCAUCACGUCGGGGGACUGGGACGUGACCAAGAUCCUGGCCUACGACGAGAAGCGGAGCAAGAUCUACUUCCUGAGCACCGAGGACCUGCCCCGGAGACGCCACCUCUACAGCGCCAGCACGGUGGGCACCUUCAACCGGCAGUGCCUGUCCUGCGACCUCGUAGGCAACUGCACCUACUUCAGCGCAUCCUUCAGCCACAGCGCCGACUUCUUCCUGCUCACGUGCGAAGGUCCUGGUGUCCCCAUGGUGACUGUGCACAACACCACAGACAGGAAAAAAAUGUUUGACCUGGAAACAAAUGAGCAUGUACGGAAGGCUAUAAGUGACCGGCAGAUGCCCAAAGUGGAAUACAAGGAAAUCGAGAUGGAAGAUUACAGCCUGUCCAUGCAGAUCCUCAAGCCCGCGACCUUCACGGAGACCACGCACUACCCGCUGCUCCUGGUGGUGGACGGCGCCCCGGGCAGCCAGAGCGUGGCCGAGAGGUUCGAGGUGAGCUGGGAGACGGUGCUGGCGAGCAGCCACGGCGCCAUAGUGCUCCGGUGCGACGGCCGGGGCAGCGGCUUCCAGGGCACCCGGCUCCUGCACGCGGUGCGACGGCGGCUGGGGCUGCUGGAGGACAGGGACCAGCUGGAGGCCGUGCGACGGAUGCUGAAGGAGACGUACGUCGACAGGACGCGCGUUGCCGUGUUUGGGGAGGACUACGGCGGCUACCUGAGCACUUACAUCCUCCCAGCGAAGGGAGAAAACCAGGGUCAGAUGUUCGCCUGCGGCUCGGCUCUCUCUCCAAUAACGGACUUCAAGCUCUAUGCGUCGGCCUUUUCCGAGCGGUACCUGGGCCUCUACGGACUGGACAACAGGGCGUAUGAGAUGACCAAGGUGGCCCACCGGGUGUCGGCGCUGGACGGGCAGCAGUUUCUGAUCAUCCACGCGACGGCCGAUGAAAAAGUCCACUUCCAGCACACCGCCGAGCUCAUCACCCAGCUGAUCAAGGCGAAGGCCAACUACAGCCUGCAGAUCUACCCGGACGAAAGCCAUUACUUCCACAACGAGCGCCUCAAGCAGCACCUGUACCGCGCCAUCAUCACCUUCUUCGCCGAGUGCUUCCGAGUCCAGGACAAGCCGCCGGCCGCCCCGGCGAAGGAGGAGGAGGAGGAGGAGGACUGAGUGCUCACGGCCUGCAGUGGCUCCCCCUGGACCGGGCUUGUACUGGGGACCCCGCCCCGCUCCGGGGCGCUGGGCUGAGGGCGUAGCACGUGCGUCUGGGGCCCCGAAGGCAGUUCUGCUUCUGAAACCAGCUCCUCCCGCCCACGCGCCCCGGAGCCCGGGCCGCACGCAUGCCUCCUGCUGGAGCCAGGCCGGGGCGAGGGCAGGGGGCAGAGACCCCGCUGGCACACCGCCGAUGCAGCCACGCCGCCCGGGCCCGAGCACAACGCCCAGCAGCCUCCGCCGCCCGCCUGCCGGCACCGGAGUCAGCCAGCCUCACGGAAUCAAUGCGUAUUUUUCUAUGGUUUCUAUCUGGCAUGGUCUGCGGCCAAGGGUUGCUUCUCUGUGCUUGUUUUGUUUGUUUUGUUUUGUUUGUUUGUUUGUUUGUUGUUUGUUACCCUUGGUUUUGCUUCAUUUCCUUCCGUGGGUGGUGAGCUUCGUGUGUUUGGAGAUGAAACGGAUGGGAAGUGACUGGCCACUCUCUCCUGAGCGGCUGCAGGCUUGGAGGUAUUCCAUAACACCGAGGGGAACAGCCAGCACCACUUACUAAAGCAGGAAUACGUAAAUAAAAGCUCUCCCACC